CACCCCUCUUCCUAUUCUUCUUUAAGUUUUUGUUUUAGGAUUUGUGUUUUGUAUUAUAUCGAUUAACGUUACGUUGUAAGUUUGUUUUGUAUUACUUUUUAUUGUAAGUUUGCUUUGCGAUUAACAUUGACAAAUUUUAUGGUAUUAAUUAAGUUACCGUUUUAUUGCAGAUGGCAUUCCAAAAGUUCAUGCUUGGUUAAGCUGGAAUGGUUAUACGAAAGAGACCGGAAAGGGAGUACGUUACGUCGAUGACAAUUUUCAAAAAGUGAAGGUUGCUACGAGACCGAACCUUCAAGAUCUCCAUCGAAUUUGUACUGAGGUUACUUGGAUGGGUGGCACGAGGAGAGUUGACCGUAUGGUGUAUCGAUAUCCAAACAGACAAUCCGAGGCGUUGUGGCAUGAGGAAUUCCUCAUAACCACUCAGGCGGAAGUAGAUUCAAUGGUUGAAUUUUUGACCACCAAUAACAUUUCCAAAGCAGAGAUGUUCGUUUACACCGAGCCGGUCGCAGGUGCUGGAGGUCAUUAUGGAGAAGGCCAAACAUCUGGUAUCCACAGUGGAGGGGGAUUAUAUGAAGAUCAUCCAUACCAAAUCUACCAUGAUCGUCAUUCCUACAAUGAGUAUCAAGAAGGAGAAGCCCAAGGAUACACUGACAACCAAGACGAUGGCUACCAGUAUAAAUCCGAGUAUGACUUUCAUGCAGGCAGUGGUAGUUAUCACAACUACCAUUACGGAGAUGAUGUUGGUGCCUUUCAUGAUCUUGAUGAGAUGGAAGAUGUCCUCCCAGGACCAAUCAGGGAUCCUGAGGAUGAAGAAGAGGAAGGUGAUGUGAGUGCAUACAACUUCGACCCUCUUGAAGGUGCCGAUGAUUCAGGCCCUGAUUCACACUCAGAUGAUGAUGAGGUGUCUCGUGACCGGGUACCUAUCUCGUACUACAAGCAUAUUCCAAAUGAAGAUUGGUAUGUUGAUGCCGACAUGGAGCCGCCAGAGGUGCCAAUAUGGGGUCCACUCACUGGGUUUACGAAGGGCCGAAGAAGGAGGUGCGACACGUUAUUGACAUUGAAGCAAUGACUCGGAUUUUUGAGUGGCGCACAACUCAUUCUGACACGAAGAGACUCAUAGUUUGAUGCCAAAAUCAACAAGAGGGGUGUCAGGCUAGGGUCCGGGCCAUCAAGAGCAAGAGAGUUGGGCAUUGGGUCAUAUCUCGUGCGAUGAACACACACACAUGUGUGUCAUCCACAACAUUCCAAGGCCAUCGACAGUUGAAAUCCAGGGUGGUUGCUGCGGUUAUCAAGCAUAUAAUUGAGCAGUAGCCCGACCUGAAGAUUAAAGCCAUCAUCGCCGACAUUUCUAGUCGUUAUGGUUAUAUUAUUAAUUAUAAGAAGGCGUGGCAUGGAAAGCAGAAAGCAAUUCUUGCCAUGUUUGGCGACUCGGAAGAAUCAUACGCAUUCCUUCCAAGAUUGAUUUUGGAAUUGGAGGCGUCUAACCCUGGCACUGUUUUCUCCCCCCGCUACCAAGAUGAAGAAAUUCAGUCAUCGGAGCCCGGUAACAAACGCCAUUUCAAACGUCUUUUCUAGUCCUUUAAGCCAUCUAUUGAUGGUUUUCCCUACUGUGUUCCUGUAAUACAAGUGGACGACACAUUCCUUACUGGCAAGUACAAGGGCACUCUCAUUAUUGCCAGUGGAUCAUAAACAAGUCUUCCCUUUAGCCUUCGCCAUUGUUGAGGGAGAGAAUGCCGAUAGCUAUGGAUGGUUUUUCCGACAAAUUCAUCUCCACGUCACCAGGAGAACGAACCUGAUAAUCAUCUCUUAUCGCCAUGCUGGGAUCAGAGUCGCCAUUUAGGAUUGGAUCCAGCCUGGAAGUGGUCUCAGAGGUGGUGCAUACGACACUUCAAGAGCAAUUGAAACCAUCAUUUCAAGCGGAGGAAACUUGCUGACAGUCUAUGGUGGACCGGUAAGCGUUAUACUACAUUGGCCAAUUAAUUUUGAUAAAAUUAGAUUUACAAUACAAUAUAACACUUACUAAGACUCUUCAUAAAGAGAUGCAUGCCUAAGGAAAUGGGGUCUUAAGCGAUCAUCAUGGUCCUCCCAUUUCCUGGGAAAAUCGGGUUCUAAGAGAUCCUCGGAUCCCCCCUUUUUCAGUCAAAAAGGCUGUGUUUCUAAGGAGGCGUAGACCUCUCCUAAGAGUAUAACGAGUGUUAUAUUGUUUUACCUGUUACCUUACCCUUUCUUCUAUUUAUGCAUCAACUGUAGCCUACCAAGAGAAGAAAUUCUUGGAGAAGAUGCAGAAAAUUUGUGAGCUUUGCCCUGAAGGUGCAGAGUGGUUGGAUCAACAUGACCUAACCAUGUGGACUUUUCAUAAGGACAGAGGUACCAGGUGGGAUAUUGCAACAACGAACUCUAGUGAGAGUAUCAACUCCGUCUUCAAGGAUGUUCGUGCAUUACCAAUCUCUGCAAUUGUGGAGAUGACAUACUAGAGAAAGAACCAAUGGUUUGUAGACUAACGAGGCACAGGCUAAGGUCCAUUCCGAUCAGGGGCUGACCUAGGGCAAGGGGAGGGGUGUCGGACGACACCCCUCCGCCCGGAAAUUUUGUGAAGGACCUCCAUUUUUUCGGUACAAAAUUUUUUAAUUUGGAACUUCCGACACCGCUCUAAUAAUUAUAAGCGACACACUUUCAUUAUAUGACAAAAGUUUUAAUGUUAUAAAGUUAUUCGUCAUAA